AUCAAAAAAAAAGCAUUCCGUUAGCUUCCGGCUUGUGCGUUUGCCGGAGAAGUAAAACGCCAAUACAACUUGGUCUUUGUGGGUGAAAUGCACUGUAUAUUUGUUUGAUUUCGCUCGUUAUUGUACACACGAAGAUUUCUUUCAAAUCAUCAGAAGACGUACAGAGGGUUUCUGGGUAAGCAGGUGUCCACCAUGGCUUCUCGUGCUGGGCCAAGAGCCGCGGGCACUGACGGGAGUGACUUUGCUCACCGGGAGAAGGUGGCCUCUCACUACCAGAUGAGCGUGGCGCUCAAGUCGGAGGUCCGCAAGUUGAACAUCGUGCACGUGCUGCUCUGGCUCCUGGUGGCGGCGCAGGUGACGGUCAGCCAGCUGGACCUGGUGUCCCGCGACAUGGUGGCGGCGCCCUACCAGUGGGAGUACCCGUACCUGCUCAGCAUCGUGCCGUCCGUCUUCAGCUUCCUGGCCCUGCCGCGCAACAACAUCAGCUACCUGGUGAUCGGCAUGAUCAGCGCCGGCCUCUUCUGCAUCGCGCCGCUCAUCUACGGCGGCAUGGAGAUGUUCCCCGUGGCGCAGCAGCUGUACCGCCACGGCAAGGCCUACCGCUUCAUCUUCGGCUUCUCCGCCGUCUCCGUCAUGUACCUGCUGAUGGUGAUCGCCGUGCAGGUGCACGCCUGGCAGAUCUACUACAGCAAGAAGCUGCUGGACGCCUGGUUCACCUCCACGCAGGAGAAGAAGAAGAAAUGAGUUUUUGCGGAGGACUGAAUCGAUGCUCUCUCUCUCUGGCCGUUUCUCAAUCUCUCCAACGUGUUCUCUCUCUCUCUCUCUCCCCCCCCAUACAAGAAAGAUUUAUUGGCAUGAUGGUAAGCAGAACCCUCACCCCCUUUCAUUUUCUGUCUCUCCAUGACGCAUUCUGUACUUGCCUUUUGCUCUUUUUC